AAAGUAGUCAACUAGACAGCAUGAGCCCGCGACUUUGAACAAUGCCUGUGGAUAUCCUUGGCUCGCGAGCCGUCCAGAGAUUCCGCCGAUCUUUGCAUUUCCAAGAUGACAAGAGUCCACUUCUGCAUGAUUUGGGAGGUGAGUGUUGAAGAUGGUGGUUUUUUGGGGUCGAGGGAAGGUGAAAGAGUGUUGAAUGUUUGGGAAGGCGAGUCAUGGAGCUAGCUAGCCGUGAUCUCACACAACCCGGGAAACACGGCGAUGUGGAAGAUGCACUCAGCGCGCGGCACCAGGAAUUUGUGGCAGGCUUGCAAGUGAGCAGGCGAGGAUCGGUAAGUGAUCCGUUUAAUCACAUCCUCGGCAGGCCGUCAGGACGUAUCACCAUCGGCGAGCGAUCGGAGUGAAGGGGGAGAGUAUAUACGGGGACAAAGGUGUAGGCGAACCGGGGGAAGCGACCUCGGCGACUAGCCGGCCUGAGGGACCCUCCUGUUGUUUUUAGGGGGGAGGCGAAUUGUUCCUCCGACCUGGCCGCCGCAGCGGGUGACACGGAGCUUGCAACCCCGGAUCUGGAGGGCAUUGCUCCUGGUCGACGUGACCUCAGGUUUCGAUGAGGGACUGUCCGCCAUCUGAAACGGCGACACGCGAGCUCUUGCUGGUUAUAAGAUGGGAUCGUGGAGGUGCCAUCCUGUAAAAUGGGGUCGUCGGAAUGUACUGAUGAUGACUUUUUGGUAUUUUGCCGUCAUCUUCUCCGCGUUCCUGUACUACACCUACACCAAAUGGCGCCCCGCCCCCUUGUACAGCGCCAUCUUCGACGGACCUGUUGCGGGCAGACCGGCGGGCGCCUUGGUGGUCGGAGAGAAAAGGGACAGUUUGCGCUGGCAGAGGUCGGAGUUGAGGUGGAUCCUAGGUGAGAGUGCGUCCCAGGCUGGUGGGUCCAAGCCCCGCGUGGUUGGACCAGAAGAUGACACCUCUGCGCAAGUUGGAGCCCCGCCUGCCGCUGGCCAACCGCUCCCCCUCCCCGUCAGACUUUUUUCGAGCCGCGACCUGCCAGAAAAUCCCAGCCGCAGCGCGCCCGGUUCUGGUGUUGCCGCCGAAAGAACUCGUAUCAACGCGUGGGCCGCCGGGGGCGCCAGCCGUCACCGGAGUGCGAAUGGAAACGGUCCUGCGGAUGGCAUAGCCGCGGAGAACGAGGCCGAGAUGGCCGAGAUGGAGGUUGAGGAAGACGACGUCAGGUACCCGGACACCUAUGCCCUGGAUCUCACCACAGUCGGGUUCGAGAGUGCUUCCCUGAGGCCCACUCUAGCGUCGGUGGUGGAGGGAUAUGAACGAAUUUCCAAUAGGCAGGGGAUGAGGCUUCGUUGCGGACGGUGCUCCGUGGUGUCGAGUUCUGGUCACCUCAUUAACCAGUCUCGGGGCCGUGACAUCGACUCCGCCCAGUGCAUCCUGCGCAUGAACUCGGCGCCCACCGCCGGCUACGAGGAUGACGUGGGCGCCCGGACCACGGUGCGGGUCAUAGGUCACGUCAACCUGCUAGUCUUGAACUCCAGCCGCGAGUCCCAGGAGGAGAUCUUCGUCAACCCGACGUCUCGGGCCGACAAGAUAGUCAUCCCGUGGCUUCACUCUUAUCGACUCAACAAAGAGUCAAACAUUUAUUACAAAAUCGCCAAGAACUUCUCCAAAAGCUUUCCAGAUGUGGAAUUCUAUUUUCUAACUCAAGAAAAGUCAAAGAUGGCGGAGGAAAUUUUCAAAUCGGAAACGGGUCUCACAACGCGGGAAGCGAAUACCUGGCUGACGACCGGCUGGAUGACGUUACUGUUCGCCAUCGACGUGUGUGACGAGAUCGAUAUCUAUGGCUUAGUCGACGAGGGCCACUGCAGAGAUCACCCGAACGACAGCACGCCCUACCAUUACUACGACCCGGGGGGUAUCAUCGAGUGUAAGUAUUACCAAAGAAGCGAGGAGCGUCUAACGGGCGGACACCUCUUCAUCACGGAGAAGGCCGUCUUUGCCCGUUGGGCCCAACGCUUCAACUUCAGCUUCCACACCCCGGCCUGGAACCUGACGUCUGGCUCGGCUGCCAAUCUCUCCCUAGCGCUGGAGACGCCCUUCCUAAGGAAGUUCUACGAGGCCCGGCGGAACAACCGCACCGUGGUCCGCACCCACAAGGUGGUGCGGCGGGUCGUGCGGCGGAUCGUGGUGAAGCGGAAGGUGCCGGCGGUGAAGCGGACCAAACUGUGAGUCCCAAAGGUCGCGCAGUGGCUUGCGAGUGGAAACUAUUCCGUCCCGAGAUAUGCUCGACGUUGGGGUGACAUUCGACACACCGCACCAAAGAUCGAAAGACACCAGCCGGCCAGCAUGGUCCCAGACUGUCGGAUAGGCUGUUCAAGGCCCCGAAGUUUGGCAUGUGGGGCCGAUAUCCAAAAACGGCUUCGGUUCGAGUAGGCCGACCAUGGUGAAGAUCGACAGAGGCCUUGAGUUAGAUGAAAGUGGCAGUCAGUGGCUGAAGUUGAGUGGAGCUUUGAUGACACUUUUUAAAGUUCGGCAAUGUUUUCAUAUUUAAAUACACUCUGCACUGCUAGCCUCAAAGACAGUGCAGGUCAUAGGAGGUCCAUAUUACAUUUACCCUCCCGAAAGGCGUAUCCUAAAAUUUGACAGAUAAUGGGGAGGGGGGCUUAGCGGUGACUGAUAACUGACACUUGGAUUGGCCCACAUCUUCCUGGAGGUUCAUAAACAAUAUCAGUUAUUGGCAGUCCAGAGCUGCGUCAUGUAUUGUUCAAGGUUGAACGUGCGCACAGACGAUUGGUGUUAUGCGAUCAGAAACACUGUCUUCGAAAGCUCUUUAUGGACAGAAAAUCUCUGUAUUGUGUAGGCCUAGUAGGAACUCGAGGAAAUGUCGUUCAGCAUGCAUGUUGAUGCUGGAAUAGUUCUUGCUGUUUUCUACGUUGAUUUUCUGGGUGAGCAUUUCUUUUUGUUGUGCUGAUUGAGCCACUACAUUCCCGCCAAAUUGUGAUCAAAGUAGAGGGCGCCGACCAAAUCGUCUCGCUCAAUUCUAGAACAGUCCAUUUUUCUAUUCCCGGGGAACAAGUUGAAGCGGUUGAAGCAUUAUGCGCGCCUCGAAAGACUGUUGGAAAUGUAUUAAAGUUUUACUUUAUGAAUACAUAAAGUUUACUUGUAUAUUGCUUUUUUAAUUGCUCAUUUAAAACACCUUUUUCCUUCAAGUUGUCCAAAUGCAAAAGGCUAAAGAAAUGCAAAUGUAGAAUUUGUCUAAAGUGACUAGUAUAAUGAACAACCUUGUAUAUUGUAAUGAGUUUUAUUGCCUACUGGUGUUUUCUAAAUAUUUGACUCGAAUCAAAACUUCACGUAGGCCCCCCUACACUUUUAAAAAGUGCACACCCUUUUUUAUAACAAAUCAUUAUGAGCAAUGUUAAAAUGCCGACUUUCAGAAAUACUGCAUACCAGUGGCAAAUUGACCGAAAUUUAUGUAAUGUACACAUUAUUAUAUCCAUUAUGGAAAAAUAUGGUGCUAUUUGUCGAGGUAGAACAGAUUUUACGGGCUGCAUUGUUUGAGGUACUUGUAAGCAAGCAUUACGACUCGUUCGUAAUAACACGAGCGAUUCACAAUAGUGCGCCUCCAGGAAUUUGCAACGCGUUGGCCAAUCACAACGCGCGAAAUCUGUCGAACC